UCCUCCUCUUGUCCUCUGAUCUCUCCUCCCCUCAGGUUGGGUAUAUAUCUGAUCGAUCAGCAGCUGAAGAGAAAACCAGCGUCCAGCAGGCAGACAUGGCGUGGCUCCAUCAGAGUCGAGGCUCACCCAGACUCGUCCUGGUGGUGGUUUGUGUCGCUCUGCUGCUCGACAAUAUGCUGCUCACUGUGGUCGUACCGAUCAUCCCAACAUUCCUCUACGCCAUCGAGCAUCCGAGUCCGGAGCCACAGACCGCCCAGCCCUCUCUGCUCCCUCUGCCCGGCCUUGGUGCAUCACGUCUGGGCACUGCACCCUCACAGCCCCCCUCCUCCGCCUUCAGCCUCCAGACCUCCAGACGGACCUCCCAGCGCCUCCACCUGCCUCGGCCCAGUACCAGUGCACCGGUCCAGGUUACAGGGCCGACCCUAUCGGCUCUGGUGUCCCUGUUUGAUAACUCGACCUUCAGCCUGACUGACGUGAGCGCCGGCACCGAACCGGCGGACCGGACCUCAGUGACCGCGGAUGUGCAGGGCAACGAGACCGAAGGCUCUUCCUGUCUUCAGGACAGUUUGUUUCUGGAAGAAGAAAAUGUUCGAGUUGGUUUGUUGUUUGCUUCUAAAGCUAUCAUCCAGCUGCUCGUCAACCCCUUCGUUGGUCCACUGACUAACAGGAUCGGGUAUCACAUCCCCAUGUUUGCUGGUUUCAUCAUCAUGUUUGUGUCAACCAUCAUGUUUGCCUUCUCAGGGACGUACGCUCUGCUGUUCGUCGCUCGCUCUCUGCAGGGGAUCGGCUCGUCCUUCUCCUCAGUGGCAGGUCUGGGCAUGCUGGCCAGCGUGUACACGGACGAUGAGGAGAGAGGCAUCGCGAUGGGCGUGGCGCUGGGAGGACUGGCUAUGGGAGUCCUGAUCGGAGCGCCUUUCGGCAGCGUGAUGUAUGACUUUGUGGGGAAGAGCGCCCCCUUCCUGAUCCUGGCCUUCCUGGCUGUGUUCGAUGGAGCGUUGCAGUUGUGCAUCCUGCAGCCUUCAAAGAUCUCUCCUGGGAGUGUGGAGGGAACGCCGUUACUGACCCUGCUGAAGGAUCCGUACAUCCUCGUCAGUGCAGGGUCUCUGUGCUUCGCCAACAUGGGCGUGGCCAUCCUGGAGCCCACUCUGCCCAUCUGGAUGAUGCAGACGAUGUGCUCCCCAAAAUGGCAGCUGGGUAUUGCCUUCCUCCCUGCCAGCGUGUCCUACCUGAUAGGAACAAACCUGUUUGGAGUUCUCGCCAAUAAGAUGGGACGGUGGCUGUGCUCCAUGCUAGGGAUGUUUAUCGUUGGCAUCAGUCUGCUGUGUGUUCCCUUUGCCACCAGUAUCUACGGCCUGAUUGGACCAAACGGUGGUCUGGGAUUUGCGAUAGGUAUGGUGGACUCCUCCAUGAUGGCCAUUAUGGGCUACCUGGUUGAUAUCCGCCACGCCUCCGUCUACGGCAGCGUCUACGCCAUCGCUGACGUGGCGCUGUGCAUGGGCUUCGCUAUAGGGCCAUCCACAGGGGGCGCUCUGGUGCAGGCUGUGGGCUUUCCCUGUCUCAUGGUGUUCAUCGGGGUCAUCAACAUCCUUUACGCGCCGCUCUGCUUCCUGUUACGUAACCCUGCUGUCCGAGAGGAGAAAAUGGCGAUCAUUGAUCAGGAGUGUGUGAUGCACAGGAAAAGCUACAACACAGAGAGCCGUGAGUUUCCUCUGAGCGACUACAGUGAGGAGGAGGAGACGGAGGAGUGACGCGCACAAGCUCGCCAAAACGUCCACAUCGUUAUACGCCACCUUCGUGUCACCUUUGCACUUCGCGAUCAUCAUUUAGUUUUGGUGGUGGUGGUGG